GUUUCGUCCGUCGCGUCGCCACCACCACCACCACUCCGCUUGUCGCUCGCCGCACCCCACGAGCCUACUGCAUGAGCCUCAAGCGCCGCUCGGCCAUCCGCACGUCGUCGUCCCUCUCGCGGUCCAGCGCGUCGCCAUCCCCGGGCCUGACGUCGCCGACAGCAUCCGACGUCUUCUUCGUGCCAACAGCUAGCACCACCUCGCCACCACCGCCGACCUCGCCCCGGCCCGUGCACGCGCAAGAGCAAGUGCAAGCGCCCGACGCAACGCCCACGAGGAAAGCAUCAGCUGCAGCAAUGACCAACGCCAACCCCCCCACCACCACUGCCAACAACACCACGCCUGCGCUCCAUACCGCCCGGUUGAGCAUGGUCGGGUCUGCGAGCCCCGAUAAGAAGAAGCUGGACAAGGCGCCCGACGCCGUCGGCGUUAACGCCAAGAACGUCGCUACGCCUGGCGAGCUGUGCGGGUUUGUCGACACCCUCCUCAACUCGCUCGAGGAGCGCUUCGACCUCAUGUCCGAGCAGGUGCUGUCACGAAUGACGGAAAUGUCAGGCCGCAUCGACAACCUCGAGACGGCCAUCGCAGACCUGAUGCACGGCGGCGUCGAGCCGGCGAGCCCGACCCCGCCAGUCAAGAAGAACACGAUAUAGGCGGGCCUGGACGUGGGCGUGAUGACGCCGGUGUAGUGAUGAUGACGAGGUCGUGGCGACGAGCGAGCGAGUCGUCGCCGCGUACCCCACUGUACAUGUAUGCUAUUAUGACCUUUUUG